AUGGGAAAACAGAAGAUAUUAAUGGACAAGCUGUCACAGACCUUCCAGAUCCGUAACUUGCUGCUGCGCCAGGCCCUGGCAGAGUGUCUGGGUACCCUCAUUCUGGUGGUAAGAGCUCUGCCAUCUUUUCACCUCUGUCACCUCACUGACAUCCAGAUUGCAUGUUUUACUGCAUGUGAUGAUUCUUUGCCACAAGAAAUAUUAGUAUGAGCGUAUUCAUACCUGUAGACAAAAUACUACUGAAGGUUACAUGGUUGGCAAUUGUCUGUUAAUUUAAUGUCUGUUAAUCAUACUCUGGAUUAACAAUAACCUGUGUAUCGACUAUUGUUGUAAUGCCAAGAUGUGAGAGUGAUGGAUACUGGUAAGUGAAACCGACAUCAGUGUGCUGCUCACAGUAUAUCUUCCUCUACUGUCCAUGUCGUCAUACCGGGCUCGAACCAGUGUUCCUCUGCUCAUAAAUACGUGACUGUCCUCUUUGACAAUGUAACAACCGUUUGAGCUAUACAAAAGGUACCAAUUGGAUUGCUCCAUCGGCGACAUUUCAAGCUAGAUGUGGAGUGAGCUUACGCCAUGUUCUUAACUCCAUUACAUAAGUUCAGCAUGGCUUUACAGGUUGUGCUAGCCUUUGCACUUGACCUCAAAUUCUCUGGGGUCGGGAAUGUGAGCCUCAUAUAGGCACCUAUAAAUUACACUCCUUGAGUGUGUGUGAAAAUAUGAUUGCUCUUGUUGGCAAGAACAUGGAUACAUGAUCUUUACUCAGCAAAACGAUCCAGGACUCACCUUGCAACCUCAUGUGCUCUUCUGAUGUCAUAGUUGAGGUGUGUGCAUGUUUACAGUCGCUAAUGAAAUAAAGUCUUCACAUUUUGCUGCCUUAAAAUUACAUCUAAAAAGGGAAUACAUUAGAUUUUUUUCCCCUACCAAUAUACAAAACCUACCUUACAUUUUCAAAGUCAAAGAAAAUUACAGAAAAGUUAAAAGUUUUCAGAAGACUACAGUGGGUUUUCCUCUAACUUUUUACCUGAGCUUUUCUCCUUUCUGUGCAUAUGGCCAGUGCAGGUAGUCAGUGCAGAUAGUCCAUACAGAUAGUCCGGGUAGCCAUUGAUUAGCUAUUCAACAGUCUAAUUGCUUGGAGAUAGAAGCUGUCUCGGAGCCUGUUGGACUUACAUUAUGAACUUUUGGUUCACCAUGAUGUUCAAGUAAACAGCUUUAUUUUUAUUUAUUUUUAGCCUCAGUUUUGGAUUUAUUCCUGUUUUUCGGCAGUGUGCGGGUCUCAAUCUCUUUCAGUAUUCUCUAAUUUUGAUUCCUACGCACCUGGAACCAAAACUAUUUAGUAUAAAGGACACCGCCUGGUAUAAAGGUCCUGCAUGACAGAGCGCUCAGCCCCAGUGACGUACUGGACCAUCCGCACCACCCUCUGUAGAGUCUUGUGGUCGAGGGCGGUGCAGUUGCCAUACCAGGCGGUGAUGCAGCCAGUCAAGAUGCUCUCAAUGGUGCAGCUGUAGAACUUCUUGACGAUCUGAGGUCCCAUGCCAAAUCUCUUCAGGAAGAAGAGGCACUGUUGGGCCCUCUUCAAGACUGUGCAGGUGUGUGUGGUCCAUGUUAAAGGGAUAAUUAAUCCCAAAUCUAUAUUUGGAUAACAUUUCUCAUAAUUUCCCUUGAGGUGUGUCUGAAGGCCCAUGGUGACAGAAUCCACAAUAAUCCAUGAUUUACUUCUGGCUACCACCUGGAGUUAGCAUAUUAGCACCGUCAAAUUUCAUGGAUGUAAUAAGACAGACCGAUGUUAGCAAAGCUGCACUGCAAGCCAAAACUUUCUCAAAAACACUUUAAUACGUUUGGUAGCGUCGAUACUCGCAAAGAACCCGUCCAUGUUUUCUUCCCUUCGAGAAUGUCGUUUUUUCUGCAAUAAAAGUCACAUUUUCAAAUGCUCUGAUACUUUCUAUGUUUACCGGUCAGUUUUGUUCACAUCUGGAAAUCAAUCCAUGUCUAUAUCCUGCCCCAGGAGGAGUGUCUUUACUCACAUUACUUUUAGCCAGCUACACCACAUUGUUUGGACAUUAGAACCUUGUUUGUUUGCGAGAGAUGCGAGAGAUAACCGAAAGAACUGAGAUAAUAUGUCUGACUGCGAAGAGGAAGAGGAUGUUUGGGGGAGGCAGAGCCUUACUUGUUCGAACCGGAAUACACUGGGGGCGGCCUGUCAGAAAGUGCAGGAUCCAGUUGCAGAGGGAGGUGUUCAGUCCCAGGGUCCUGAGCUUGGAGAUGAGCUUGGAGGGCACUAUGGUGUUGAAUGAUGAGCUAUAGUCCAUUUACAGCAUUCUCCAUAGGUAUUCCUUAUGUCCAGGUGGGAAAUUGUGUCAUCUGUGGAUCUGUUGGAGCGGUAUGCGAAUUGGACUGGUGUGUGUGUGUAGAGCUUUAAUCCAGCUUGUGUCUGUCAUAUUUGAUCUUCAUUCUUCAUCUUGGUGACAUGCCACAAGCCUUGUUAAUAAUGAUCACAGAUUUUGCUAGUCUAUAAUUCAACAUACGUUGUGUGUAAGAUGUAGGUCUACUGAAGACAUAAAGCAAUGCUUGACUUGGACUGAAAUAGGUGUCGGUGCUCAUUUUGGAUGUCGCUAUUGUUAAUAUUCUUGCACAAACUCCACAAUAUUUAUGAGCUAAUAGAACAUAGAACACAAGCAGUAGAACAUUUGAAAGCUUCAAUUUAUCACAAAACUAUGAUAUUUUAAGAACUAGUUUUUAAAAAAGACAUGCACUUUUGUCCACCGUUGACUGGUAGGCUGUUGACUCUCUUCUUAGAGAUUGGUCUUUUUCUAGAAGGACAGAUCCCUCCACUUAAGUCAACUUUAAUGGAACUGACAGAUUAAAUCUUCCCUCGGUCACUGACCUAAAUGAAUCCAGACCUUAGCCAUCCGCCAUGUUAAAUAAACAAACAAGACAAACUCAACAACCCUUGCUAUUUAUUUUAUUUAUCUUGCUCUAGCAGUAAAUGGCCACUUAAGAAAAUGGGUAGUACCACUUGAAGCACCUACCAGAUAAAACAGCCAGUAAAGCCUACACUCUGCAGGCUUUCUAAACAGUUAAGUUUCACUGUUUUGCUCAGAGAGAAAGAGUUGUUAGAGAGAUGACUCAGUCUUACUCACGGUCACAGGCUCUCUCACACCUGUUUUACAAAGCUUUUCUUCAUUGCCUACUGUUAAUGAAAUAGAUUUUCUCACGCUAAGAUAGGAUCUCUACAAUCGAUGUCCAUCUAGAAAAGCCUUGCAUUGGUUCCCUAAAACACCAACUUUCAGCGUCAGAAAAGUAAUACAAGCGUCAGAAACUUGUUGCACUUGCCAAGCGUCGUCGUCAAAGCACUAUUUAUUAUAAGAUAGUAAAUAAACGUGGACAGGUGCUAUACUGCUAAUAACAAAACAUGAUGUAUAUCUCCGGCAGGAGCAUGGAUGGAAAAGCACUGUGCUUUAAACCUGUUUUGUCACUGUCUAAGGCACUAGCGGCAGGUUUGGCAUGUCUAGUGCUAUGUAAAACGUGGAUGGCAGUAUUGGGAGUGACUGCAACAACGCAAUGGGUGAAACCUGAACAUGCCAAAUAUAUUCACGCCCUCCAGGACAUAUAUAGACGUCACCUGUCUUCAAGUUACACUAAUGACUGACUAAUGUAAUGACAGGCGCUCUUAAAAGAUACUCAGGGAUAGGGAGGCAGAGGAAGGAAGGAAGGGCAGGGUGUGUUUAUGUAUGUGUGUUUAAUUUGUGUGUGUGUACGCAUGUAUGUGACAGGUAGUGUGUGUGCAUGUGUGUGCAUGUGAGCUAUACCCCUGCAUAUGGAGAACAUAUCUCUGCAUUCUAUACAAUGUCAGGAUUUGGAAAAUAAUCAAACUAAACAACAGUCAUUGAUUAGACACAGCUGAAUGGCUGUGGUGUCUCUGUGGACACUUCCAUGUCCAGGUGGUGGAAGGCGGGCCAACAGGCACUAUUUGUCCCUGAAGGUCAGCGGGGUGACAGGUCUUUCCUGAGAUCUCCCACUGGGCAAAAACUGGUUGAAUCAACAUUGAAUCCAUGUCAUUUCAACAACAAAAAAAUCAAUGUGAUGACGCUGAAUGAACAUGGAAAACUGAUUAGAUUUGCAAAAAGUAAUCAACGUAAGGGAAUUUAGGCUUUUUUUCACCUAACCUUUCACCUAAAUCCAUUGACAUGGUGACAUUUGUUGUUGAAUUCACAUUAGUUGACAACUCAACCAAAUGUAAAUCAAAACUAAACGUUGAACUGACGACUGUUCCCAGUGCACUAACUGUGUCACCUGUGUGUGACAGGUGGUUGGACAUACAGAACACGUCCUUGUGCAUGUCACCACCCAGGGAACAAUGCAGUCCUUACAUAAACCCAGGAGCUAGGAGGGAGAAAACGACGAUAAUCUUUCUCUUUAUAUUACAGCUCCAUCUAUGAAACAGUCAUUGUGUGCUAUUCUUUGCUUACAUUGAAGGGAUGAAAGACCACGUUGCCACACGAAACCAUGGCUUACCACACCAAAUCACAACUUCCAUACAAAGUUACUAGGAGUGAUGCUCUACUGGAAAAAGGUUGACGACUUCUUCACACAGUAUUUUAUUCACACACUUCACAUCUUUCCUUUUGUCCCAAUAACAGUUUUAAUGUAUAUGGAUGUUGGAAAAGACUGGCGGCAUCUAAAUCUACCCAGAGAUUUCCUCUCCCUCCAGUACUGUUCACUAAAAGGGAAUGCAUGAGUGACCAGGUGUAUCGGUAGACACUCAGACGGAGGACACAGCAUGAACUGCCUGACAGUCUGGGGGAGUAAGUGUGCAAAGUAAUCAUGUAAUGUCAUGGUGUAAUGCUGUCAUGACAUGCUGUCGCUAUCACCACCAGGCCAUUUAGAGAGCUGUGAUUUAAUUUAAAUAAUUAUCCUGUUAGACGCUGUCUUUUAAGUCAUUUCUUACUGCAUCAUGAAACUUAAACGAUUCAGUGAAUAACCUUUUGGUGGAAUUUGAUCUGGCUAAUUCAGUCAGCAUUUGGCUCCAUACUGAUGCUUCUGACAUUAAGAUCCCUUUGACAUUUAACUUCAUGUCUAACUAAAGAUGGGCCCCUCUGAAGAUGUGGUAUUUUUCCAGCCAGUCGGAAGCAUGAGGCCCAUUGGGCUAAUCAGGAGCCAGAGUUUAGACUGGGCCCAGUGAUGUUAAGCCAUCCACUAGACGCCAAGCCCUCUGUCGAGACAGUUCCUUGUAGCUCACCUCAACAUAUGUAUCCUGUGGUCUGAGCUGAAUGCAUCUGCUUCAGGGGGCCUUGCGACUGGCAGACCACACAUUACUGUUAUCCCCAUAGUAAUGGACACACACACACACACACACACACACGUCGGCUCGCAAACACACUAUGCAGUAUGUCCACUUUGGCAAUUCUAUAGCUAAUUCACAACCAUGACAGCAGCUUCUGAAACAGACGUCCUCUCACUGCAUGAAGCCUUGUUUCCAUUCUAGAGCAUAUUUACAUUUUAGUCAUUUAGCAGACGCUCUCAUCCAGAGCGACUUACAGUUAGUGAGUGCAUACAUUUUCAUACUGGCCCCCCCGUGGGAAACGAACCCACAACCCUGGCGUUGCAAGCGCCAUGCUCUACCAACUGAGCUACAGGGGACCUCUUCUAUUAUAAAUAAAUACAAAUAAAAGAAGAAAAAAAACACCAAUAAACCCCCAAAGGGUUUAUUUUAGGGAUGGAAAUGUUGGUCAAUUUUGCUGCCGACUAACUGACCCUCAUUAACCUCUUAAGGAUCAGACCCCUUUUUUUUUCAAUUUUCGCCUAAAAUGACAUACCCAAAUCUAACUGCCUGUAGCUCAGGACCUGAAGCAAGGAUAUGCAUAUUCUUGAUACCAUUUGAAAGGAAACACUUUGAAGUUUGUGGAAAUGUGAAAUGAAUGUAGGAGAAUUUAACACAUUAGAUCUGGUAAAAGAUAAUACAAACAAAAAAACAUGCGGUUUCAAAUUUCAUCAUCUUUGAAAUGCAAGAGAAAGGCCACAAUAUAAUAUUGCAGUUUAGGCACAAUUUAGAUUUUUCAUUUUACAUUUACAUUUAGUAGACGCUCUUAUCCAGAGCGACUUACAGUCAGUGAGUGCAUACAUUUCCCCCCCCAUACUGGUCCCCCAUGGGAAACGAACCCACAACCCUGGCGUUGCAAACGUCAUGCUCUACCAACUGAGCUACACAGGACUACCACUAGAUGGCAGCAGUGUGUGUGCAAAGAUGCAGAUUGAUCCAGUGAAGCGUUGCAAUACUGGACUAUUUUGUAUCAAGUCUGCCCAAAUGUGCCGACUUGGUCAAUUCAUAGAUUUUCAAGUACAUAACUAUACCGAACAUACAAAAAUGAUAUGGUAAUACAAAAUGUAAAUUCACACAAUCCCAGGAAUGUCAUACAUGAUAGAUCAUUAGCUUAUACACUAACUUUCACACAUAUAAAACAAGGCCUUUCCUGCCAGCAUGUUCAUAUCAGGGCGGAAAUAUGUAGUACACUUGUUUUAUCAGAUACAUCGGUAUCUGAAAAAUACUCAUACAUUUGGACUGGGACAAUCAAAUGUCAACACUGACAAAAAAUCUAGGAUAUCCAUUUGUGUAUCAUGUAUACUGACAAAGCCUUUUGUUACACAAAGCUUGAGUGACUCAAAUAUUGCAGUGUGUUAACAUUGCAAUGAGUAAAUGUUUGGCUCUGCUCUGGCAUUAAACACAAUGAGUGCUCCUCAUAUGCAGUCAUUACAAUCUUAUUUUUGCAGGCAAUGUUGAUGAUCAUUGUUUGUUGGUACCCAUGCUAUACCUUUCGUCUCUUCACUCUCUUUACAGAUGUUUGGUUGCGGUGCAGUGGCUCAGCUGGUGCUUAGUGGAGGAUCUCAUGGCAUGUUCCUAACCGUCAACUUUGCUUUUGGCUUCGCUGCCACCCUAGGGAUCCUGGUCUGUGGCCAGGUAUCAGGUACACACCUCAUAUUAGCAAUACAUGCACAUUAAUUAACUCACCAACAUGCUUAGGUGUAGAGGUUCUCCUUGAGCAGAAUUGUUCCCAUGAGUUGGUCCAAGACUCAGUCAUGUCUCCAAGUCGUGUUCCUAAAUGUCUGUAUUGGAAAGGGAUAGUUGAUGUCCAUUUGGAGAGAAGCCGUCCUGCUUUAAUGUUAAAAAUCUGUCAACAUGUGUGUUUCCCAGGAGGCCAUCUCAAUCCGGCGGUGACCUUUGCCCUCUGCCUGCUUGGGAGAGAACGAUGGAGAAAGUUCCCUGUCUACUUUUUCUUCCAGACACUGGGAGCUUUCCUGGGCUCCGGGAUCAUCUUUGGUCUGUACUAUGGUGAGUCCUCGGAACUGUCCAGGGAUAGAACGGAAGCAUCUGUUGGAGUCAACUCUUUGAUAAGUCUUAAUAACUUAGCCAUAAGGUUGAAUCUGUGUAUAGCGUAACACCUCGUUAUAGUUGAUGUUAUAUCAUAAUGUGUGUGUGUAUUCUCCCCUCAGACGCUCUGUUGGACUAUGCUGGAGAACUCGUUGUUACCGGGCCCAACGCCACCGCUGGCAUCUUCGCCACCUACCCUAGCAAACAUCUCACAUUGGUCAACGGCUUCUUCGACCAGGUAAGCCCCUUUCUUCCGUGUACAACCCCCAAACUGGUUGGAUAAGGAAAUAGAACUACUAGUAUAUUCGGAAUUCUCCAUGUUAAUGGAGGUAUCUCUAUCCCAGACGAUUGGCACUGCAGCAUUGAUCGUGUGUAUCCUGGCCAUCGUGGACCCCCAUAACAACCCCAUCCCCCAGGGCCUGGAGGCCUUCACGGUGGGCUUUGUGGUGCUGGUCAUCGGCCUGUCCAUGGGCUUCAACUCUGGCUACGCUGUCAACCCUGCCAGGGACCUGGGGCCACGCAUCUUUACCGCUCUGGCAGGCUGGGGCACCGAAGUCUUCACGUGAGUUCUCUCCCAAUCCUCUUUGCCUCUCUGCAUGCAUCUGGUUCUCUCUUCACCUCUCUGCUUGUCUCUACACCUCUUCACAUGUAUUCUACCACUAUACAUCUACCACUCCGUAUCCACUUCCUGGUUAGAGGUUUGUACAUUAUUGAUAUAAAGAUUAAAUAAAAUGGGAGAUGGUGAUGAUAGAUCAAACAGGUAAAAGCAGAGGAGGCAAAGACUAAGAAAAAAUAUUGCGCAACUUCUUAGAUUUGUCUCUCGCUCUCUCUCUUGCUCUCUUUCUCUCAGUGCCAAUGAGUGCUGGUUCCUGGUGCCAAUCUUCACGCCGUUCCUGGGCGCCAUCAUUGGUGUGGUGGUCUAUCAGCUGAUGGUUGGCUUCCAUCAGGAGGGAGAGGUUCGCGACAGGAAGAGUCGGGAGGAGAGAGUCAAACUGACCAACAUCAACCCAAAGGACGCCCUAAAGGAAGAGAUGGUAUGA